AUGGUGGUCACCGAGCCUCACUUGUGCGCACUGUUGGUGUCCUGGCUGCACUGUCAGUUCGCGUUGUUUGCGUGCGCCAUGGCGUUGCGAGUCGCGCUAUCUGCGUGCGCGGGGUUUCUGCGCUGUCAGCGCUGUGUAUGGGUAGCGCGCGGCGGUGCGUGCUCACCAGCUAUGGCACGUGGGGCUAAUGGCAGUGGUUUUGGGAAUGCCGGUGGAUGGAUCUUCCUCCAGUGGUCGUUGUCUCCAAGUUUUGUGGUCGUCCGAGGUGCCGCGGGGACAUAUAUUCGCCGGGAUGCGAAAACAAGACCUCGGGAUCUUAUGUUAUAUGACCGAUCACCUGAUCCGAUUCGUCAUGGUGGAGGACUCAUCAGAUUUCCCAAAGCCUCAUAA